UCGCAUAGCUACAGUCGGUAUUUGUGUGCCCGGUUCUUGUGGUCGUGCCCGAGGGAAAAGGCCUGCAUAGAGUCAUCUGUGUAGGCUGCGUAAGGCAUCCCAAUACCAAUAGCAUAACAUCGCCGGCACAGAAACCCUGUCGAAGUCAACCGUGAAAGUGACGCACAGCUCUUUGGUGCGGGUUGUCCAAUCGUUCAAGGGCCAGAUCGCAAAUUCGAUGCUACCGAAUAGUGCCUCAUUUUCGGUGUGUUUCAUUGGUUGAACAUUCAACUGUUUCGAUGACUUGGGCUUGGAUUCUUAAGUGCAGAAAGACGUCUGAAGUUUCCCGACUCUACGCCAAGAUAAACUCUAUCUUCACUUCGAACAAAAUUGGCUCUCAGUGACAACUGCUAUUGUACGAGUGGUGAUUAAGCACAUCGUUGACCGAUUGUGAGAAACUGAAUGAUACAAAAGAAAGUGACUGAAGUUUUUGUUUACGUUAUUCCCAUCAUAGCUAACCCCCUCGAGGACCAUUUGCUGCGAAAAAAAUAUAUCGAACACGAAAAAAGCCCAGUAGCACCUAACGUCGUAAAGGAAAGGACGUGCUUUCUACCAUCUGGAGCGUACGGUGCGCCCCAGUCUUAUGAGUAGUUUGGGCGGUCGCGGGCGUCAUGUUCAAAACUGAUAUGGUGCCCCUUGUAUCAUUCCUCGCUGCUUUGCGCAUUUUAACCGAAGCCCAAACGUGCAACAAUGGAUUGGGAAAACUGGUUUAUGAGAAAAUUUCAGACUAUAAACUUAGUGCCGGUUUCAGCGGAGGAAGGCAGCGUGUAGAGUUGAUUACUCGAUCUGAACAACCGGUUAAAGUUCUCGAGGAAUGUGUUCGCCGAUGUCAAAAGGAUCAAACUACAGCUAUAACGCAUUGCCUUUCGUUCGACUUUAUGCCAGGACGUCUUCGAGGUGCCACUGCGUCAACUCCGCCGGAUUUCAAGCAGUCUGUCUGCUACCUGUAUUACGACAGGUCGCAACCUGACGGAGCGGAAUCCCUCGUCCGCCAAAAUAAUGCGUGGCAUUACAAUGAAGUUUGCCUUUCCUCGGGAAAAUUACAAUCUGAAUGCCCCAAUCGGCUCUACGUGUUCGAUCGUACGCCCGGCUAUCGAUUCGAGAGUGCUGGUGAUAAAGAGGUGAUCGCUUCCAAUCGAACGGAAUGUGAAGACAAAUGCCUCAAUGAAAUUCUCUUCGCCUGUCGAUCAGCGUCGUACAACCGACAAAGACAAACGUGUCGUCUCAGCUCCGAAACGAGGUACAUGAACCCUCGGGGGUUCAGACAAGAUCUGCAAAGCGACUACAUGGAGAAUCUUUGCCUUCCGACAGGUUCACAAAUGUGUACCACAACAGCUCUGAUAUUGGAAAGUGGCAAAGAACUGGAUGGGGCAUUCGAACGUGAAGUAGUUCCUGUUCGAGACCUAACUGAAUGUUCGAACUACUGCACCCGCAGUCUCACUGAACGCGGCCUCUUCUGCAGAUCAUUUCUCUAUGAAGACAAACUUCGCCUGUGUACUCUGUACGAUGAAGAUCCACUUGACUUCACCGAAGGUGGCGAGAGUGUUAGCAAGCCACUUAAACCUAGCUCAGGAGACCUGUAUCGCGUGCUUUGCGGUGCCAGUGAGAAAGACGGGUUUACAGAUCGCAGCCACAAUACGGCGCACGGGUCUUCACAUCACCACCACACGUGGAGUCCUCCCUACGGCCAGACGCUACCUCCGUACCCCCCAUCGUUCCACCAGCCCUCGUACCAUCCUGGCCAUCCACCGAUUUCUCAGAACUUUAUUGACGGCCCGUACCCGCAAAGGCGUGACGGGUUCAGCGGUGGGGGCUGGGGUCCACCCAUUGCAACGCAACCCCCGUAUGGAGGCUAUGGAGCCGGUUACGUUGGUGGGGGUUAUGGCGGAUCGGGUGGCUACGAUCCAGGCUGGCGCGGGUCGGGCGGCUACGUUGGGACGCCAAGUCAUCGCUCGUUCAACUAUCCACCUUGGGGAGGCGGAUGGAGUGAUCUGUACGCGGCUAAAUUCGGAAUCCAUGGGAGGACCGCGUCUCCUAGCAACCUACCAGUGCCCUCUUCAACAGGUUAUGGAGGGAGCGGGAGCUACAUCGGAGGAAGUAGUUCCGGCUGGACCCCACCGUACAAUACCCCCUUCGGACCACCUCAUCCACCCUUCCCUCCCGGAGGUUAUGGAGAACGUUGCCGUCCAUCCAUCGCCGCCUUCCGCCGCGUCGGAUACGGCACACGUUUACGAAGUUUCUACAUACGGCGCGCUCUGCGAGUCGAGCGUCUGGAUGACUGUGAGGCGGCCUGCGCAGAGGCUCGUGACAUUCAGUGCAGGUCGUUUAAUUACAGAGUCGCUUCGCCUUCUGGAAGUUCAACAACAAGUGCCGGUUCAUCACCGCCGGCCACACUGCGUUCGCAACUAGCCACAAGCUAUUCAUCGGAAAAUUGCGAACUCUCCGACUUUGAUUCUCGCCAGUUGCAACUUUCUAACCCCUCACAUUUUGACCCCAACACAAAUUUCGACUAUUUCGAAAGAGACGAUCUCGGAACGGGCGGAGGAGGUGAUUGCCUUGAUGUGAGCCAGUCGUGUACCCCAGACGGAAUGGAGUUCACCCUUCGAACUGUUGAGGGUUUCUACGGCCGAAUCUACACAUACGGAUUUUAUGACUCGUGCUUCUAUGACGGCAAUGGCGGUAGCGUCAAUGUCCUGCGCAUCUCACGCGCCAACGGAUUUCCUCGCUGCGGAACUCAGCAAUACGGAGACGUCAUGACCAAUAUAGUCGUGGUGCAAUUUAAUGACUAUGUACAAACCUCUCGCGAUAAAAAGUACAACCUGACGUGCUUCCUUUCGGGACCCGGCGAAGCGGUGGUCACGUCCAAUUAUCUCGACACACGGGUCGAGGGGCCUUCAUCGAAAUCUUUCAGGAGAUACCCCACUCAGAUUGAGCAUUUGCCAGCUCAAAACAUCUUGACAUCCAACGUCCAGUUGCGUAUUCUUUACCGAGGUACUCCAACUACCACAAUUGCUGUUGGAGAUCUCCUUACCUUCCGAUUGGAGGCGCGAGGAAAAUAUCAAUUUGACUUCUACAACGACAUAUUCGCGACGAAUGUGAUAGCAAAAGACCCGUAUUCUGGACGACAAGUCCAUCUCAUCGACUCACGAGGAUGUCCUGUAGAUCUAUACGUUUUCCCAGAGCUACACAAAGCGCCUGACGGUGCUCUCGAGGCUGAAUUCUAUGCAUUUAAGAUUCCCGAUUCAAAUCUGCUCGUAUUCCAAGCCACUGUUCGUACAUGCCGAGGACCAUGUGAGCCAGCUAUUUGCACAGACCGCGGCAGGCCUGGUACAUUCCCGUCGUGGGGACGCCGAAAACGAGACACUAACAAUACGAUUAGUAUUGUGGAUGUAAAUAUAACGCAUCCAGAAGCAUUUCCGCCGACUCAGACAGAGGCAAUGAACCUAACAACGACUGAAGUACCACACGAGUCCACCACAGCAAUACCAUCUACAGAUGCUGAAGAGGUUCACGAACUGCUUACCGUCUACCUGUCUCGAUCCGACAUCCCUAAAGCAAACACCAAGAAUAGAGAGAAGCAACAGCCUGUUGCAGCGGCUAUGCAUAAGCGUCCGACAGUAUGUGUCGCCCAGGCUGGCUACUAUGCAAUCAUGACGCUUCUCAUCUUUCUCGUGUUCACGCUUAUGGCUGUGAUCUUUGGCUCGACUUUGAUCGUCAAACGAGUUCGGAUGCAAGCGAAGCUCGCCGGAGUUACUGGGGUAUCGUCGCCGUUUUUUGGCCCGUCCAACUCGACCAUCGUUGACGAAACGCCUGUCGCUAGCAGUAGUGCGGUAAACGGUAAACAGUACCAUUUGGCCCCUAAAACUCGACUCACACCAGCACGCGUCGUGGAUGAUAUGACCGAACCGAUCUACACCGACCCUUCAUUGUUCGAGGUGUCGAGAUCGCUAACGAACUUAGCUGACCAAUCAGUCAGUUCCAGCAAACAUUAGAACACGAAGGAAUUAUGUUCUGACAGACAAAACAAUGGAGAUGACAUUGUCGACUUUCGCACAAGUGAUAAUGCUGGUAAUGUAAAAGGACGACAUGAUUCAUACACAUAACGAGCUCUUGUAGGUUUUUGAGUCACUGUAGAUAGGAGCUCUAUAAUACCGAUAAUCAUAUUGGAAGCCCAGUAGCAUAAGCUUAGGUACUAUUCUGAAUCUACGGCAGAUCUGUUUUGUGCGAUAAUUUUUUAAUCAUUUAAUUUCUUUUCCCCUAGACCCGUACAACAAACAUUAAGACUGUCGUGGAAUUUUGUUUUGGUAUAAUUUAAUUAGUUGAAGGGGAAGAAUAUGUUUGGCUCUUCGUACUUAACAGGGCUGGCUCCAAUCCCCCACCCGUAUGUUUCGAAGCAUACGUAGCUACUGUUGACGUCUCAACAUCUUUACCUAUACAAACUUGAAAUUACGCUAAUAAAUAAAACGUUUCUCUAUCUUACGUAUAGGCCGUGUUAUCGAACAGUCGUUGUCAAACAUCAAAAUCAAGCUCGGCUGAUUUCUACUCUGCAGAGUGAAUAGCUUAGAUCUCUAUCAAGUUGACUUUAAAAACAUUCGAAUAUGAUUUGCUACAAAAUAAUAAUGAUAAUUCUUAGCAAACUAGAGCAUGGAUUUCCUAACGCGAAACGGAUUAUGGAGUGGUCAUGUUGUGGAUGAACAAGUGAGUCUAUCAAGUGAUUCAGCUGUCAGUCUUUAGAACUUGGCCUUUUCAUUGGAUUUCCUCUGUCAUUGUUUUAAACCAUUUUGCGAAAAAGGUAGGUAUUUUAGUCAAACUACCGCUUUUUUUUACCGAACUACCAUUACUUCAACUAGAACGUAUCUAAAUAAGAACAAGAGUUUUAGAGCUCAAAAUUACCGAUAUUCCCUCAACAUACGCUCCCAAAGCCAACCCAAUGUCUUGCCUUAAAUUGACCAUCAAUCACAUAUCGAACAACAUUCGUUUGAAGUAUGCAACAGCUAAUACGAAGUAACAGCGAAAUAGGGGUCGUCCACGUUACGUUAGAACGUAGUACACCGUCCCUUCUGCAUAUUGGCCAUCGUUAUUAAGGUCUAAGCGUCAGUCAGCAACAGAAAAAUGUAUCGAAUUUUCAGUCAUUCAGUACAUGCUUCACACGUAAAUACAUAUCUACAAAAAUAUAUACACCUAACAUAUAGCGCGAAAUCCGUAGGGGGAGUGGGACGCAUGCGGCAUUGAACCAAUUGAGAUCAUUCUGUACAGCAACACGGUUUACGGUGUAGCCUAUCUUCAGCAUUUUUUUUUCACUUCUGAGUUCGCUUUACCGACAUCACAACCACUCAAAAAGUUUUAUAGAAAGCACGUUUUCCAGCGUGCUAAUCUUAUAUCGAAACUUAAACGAUGUGUAACAGUAGCGACAGUAUGAGUAUCUAUUAUAAUCUUAAGUAUGAUAUGGGAAUAAACAAUUUCAUCUAUAUACUGAUCCAAAAUCGUAUGCUCAUUACAACGGCACAGAGGGUAAAAGGCGUACAUCAAUGUCAUUUUAUGGUGUCUAUUUUGAAAAUUAUUUUAAUGACCCAUUUUGCCUCGAACUGUUCAAGGUUUCAUCUGAUAAAUACAAGAAGAUAGCAAUAGCACGGCACGCCGGUACUCAUACGUUCUGCCCCCGUUUACCUAGCGUAAGAAUGUGACCCAAAGGAAAUGCUAGCGGAAAGUGGCAAGGCACGUGUGCAUGUCUCUUGCCCUUCUACUUGUCGCAUUCUGACGAAAUGGACAGUUGUCCAUCAGUGAUAACGCAUUCGUACGAUAGGCUGGACCAUCCGUAAAUAAAAUAUAAUUAUAAUGAUAUAAUUAUAGUAAUAAUUAUAUUUUAGUCGCAUGACACCUAGUACUAGUAGUAUUAAUGACAAUGAUAAGUAUAUAAUUUUAUUACUUUAUUAUAUAAUAAACGAUAAACCAAGUCAUUGGGGUUAUAUACGUUUAGUGAUCACAAUUUAUUUCAAUUGGAUUGAAUUGUGUCUCGUAGCCGGUAAAUUUUUAGAAUAAAGGUGAUACACCUAACGUUUUGGUAGUAAAUGUAUUUUGCUUUGAUUUUUUUUAUUGAGGACUCACAUAUUCCUUAAGUACAAUGUGUAUAGCUGGUAAAACUGUGCUGCCUUAUUUUAUUCUACCGUUUGUGUGCUCGUGAGGUAACACUUACUUCAAUGACUGUGGGCCUUUUCUGUUCCAGUUUUAACAGUGUAGAUCGAGUGAAGCUGACUGCAAUGAUCCAAUACAUCACCUACACUCGCUAUUUUAUGGUAUUAUUAUUGUGAUUAUUUAUUAUUAUUAUUAUGUUAUAUUAUUAGUUACCACAAUUUGCGACGAAAUAUCGAAAAUUAAUGAGAAUAGUUGAAGAUACGAAUACAUCCUGAAGGCGUUUUACGAAUGUAAGUUCUUACAGACAAAUUCUCUGAGUGAUUUAUCUCAAGUUUGAUAACCAAUUUAGAAUAACGUUUUCGAUUUCCCGAUCGGAUAAGAUUAACCGACCGCAAACCUUUCUUCGUCCUCUGCACACAUUGAAAGCUAUUAAAUGAUGAAAAGCGGUUUGUUACAAUUCUUAGAGCGUUGAAAAGUUAAAAACAAACCCUCAAAAUUUAAGGAAACAUUAUAGACGCUUAAGGCGCUCAAAUAUUUCGACUGCACCAAUCAGCUUCUACCUACGGAAUAAUAGCAACCAUAGAUAUAGACAGUAAUCGGCCUUUGUCACGCACUAGCAUG